AUGUCUUCCGUCAAGGUGGCCGUCCGCGUCCGGCCUUUCAAUGACCGGGAAAAGACUAUGAACGCCCGCCUUUGUAUCGAUAUGAAUGGGAAAAGUACAACCAUUACAAAUCUUGACGAUGAAAAACAGAGUAGAACGUUUGCCUUCGACUACUCCUACUGGUCUCACGACGGAUUCGUCAAUGAUGAGAACGGCUAUUCUAAGCCUGUGUCGGCCAAAUACGCCGAUCAAGAAAAGGUAUUCAAUGAUAUUGGGAAAGAUGUGCUGAACAAUGCGUUUGAGGGGUACAAUGCUUGCCUCUUUGCUUAUGGCCAAACGGGAGCAGGAAAAAGCUAUUCUAUGGUGGGCUAUGGCGCCAACAAAGGGAUUGUCGUCCGUGCAUGCGAGGAGAUAUUUCAGAGAAUCAAGAGCAUCAAAGACCCUUUGCUUCGUUCUGAGGUGACAGUUAGUAUGCUAGAGAUCUAUAACGAGGCGGUUCAGGACCUCCUCGUAAAACCUGAUCAGCGCCCCAAGGGAGGCUUGAAAAUCCGUCAUACUCCGCAGCUCGGCACUUUUGUCCAAGACCUCAGCAAGCAUCCUGUCGAUACAUACGACGCGAUCCAGGCCAAACUCGACGAAGGAACUAGCAACAGAACCGUCGGGGCAACGCUGAUGAACGCAACGUCGUCUCGAGCGCAUACUGUUCUGCAGAUUGUUUACAACCAGGUGACGCUGGAUGAGGCCACGAAGGAGCCACUGAGCCAAAAAACCGCUGAAAUCAGUUUGGUGGAUCUGGCUGGAUCGGAGAGAGCCGGGUCGACUGGAGCCACGGGCGACAGGCUGAAGGAGGGCUGCGCCAUCAACCAGUCCCUAUCAGCUCUGGGAAACGUUAUUUCUGCGCUUGCAGACAAAGCCUGCGGUAAACUCAAACCCGGUCAGGUCAUCCCAUAUCGCGACUCAGCGCUGACGCGUAUUCUUCAGUCCGCUCUUGGAGGAAACAGCAAAACGUGUAUGAUUGCUGCCCUCUCUCCAGCGUCUGUUAACUAUGAGGAGACUCUCUCCACGCUCCGCUACGCUGACCGUGUCAAAUCCAUCAAGAACGAAGCCGUGGUCAACGAAAACCCACUCGAACGGUUGAUCAGAGAGCUGAAGGAAGAGAAUGAGCGCCUCAAAAAGGCCGCCGGAGGGGAGUUGGUGUUGUCUGACUCCGGGAAGACGCAGGAGGAGAUGGACAAGAUGAAGCAGCAGUACGAAGAAGAGCUGGAGGCGAACCGCCGGGCCCUGGAAGAGAUGUCGAAGAGUUGGCAACAGAAGCUCGCGGAGGCGCAGGCACGCGACGCAGCAGCUGGCAAGGAGCAGCAGGUCGAGAACCAGGCGUGCCUGAAGAACUUGAACGAAGACCCGCUCCUGUCGGGGAAGAUCACCCUCAACCUGCCCGAGGGCAGCAGCAGCGUCGGGAAGCCAAACAGCGAAAACAAGCCGACUUUCCAGAUUGGCGGGCUCGGCGUGACUGUGAACCACGCCACGUUGUCCUGCAGCGCCGGAGGAUCCGAGGCCAACGCGACCUACGAGGUGAAGCUGAAGGCGAACGGGAAGACACUGGUCAACGGGCAGCCGUUGGCUGCAGGGGAGGAGAAGCUGCUGGCGCACCGAGACCGCAUUCUUUUUGGCCACGCCAACUUUUUCGUCUACAUGGAUCCAACAGAGGCGGAUAAGUCGAUGCCCUCCUGGGAGGAGGCGAUGAGGGAAGCGAACAAACAGAGUCUGGACGAAUACGGCGACGCAGUGGGGCUCGAAGCCGUGGCAAGUGCCAAGCUGCGGGAGAUGGAGGCGAAGAUGCAGGAAGAGCGGGAGAAGAUGGAGCGCGAGAAACGCGAGUGGGAGCGCAGAGUGAAGGACAACGAAGCCAUGAUGGUCACGGCCGAGGGCGCGGACGCGGUGGCCCUUAUGAAGCAGUUCGAAGAAGAGCGCCGCCAGCACGAGCUCGAGCUUGCGAAAAAGCAGAAAGAGCUCGACGAGAAGCUUCAGAGACUGAGUGCGGAACAAGAGGAAGAGAAAAAGAUGCAGGAAGCAGAACACCGCGCGCGCGUGGUGCUAGAGGAGAUCCUGACCAAGACCAUCAUGUUGAUUGAAGAAGCAAACUCGAUCGCCGAAGAACUCGGCGUCGGCGUCUACUUCUCCCCCAAACUCACCAUGCGACACGACGGCCUGGACAUCUCUCGAAAAGGAACCGCAACGAACGUCAUGCAGCAGACCGAAAUUCAAAUACGCGUCGAGCGCCUCGAUUCUGACAUCGUCGAGGCCUGGAAACUUGAACUCUUUGAACAAAAAAUCUUUGAAAUGCGAGAACUCUACAACCAGUACAUGGCCUCGGUUCCUGGAGACUUCAGACUGCCUGAGGGACCCGACGACCCGUUUGCGUCCGACCCAGACUCUUACCAGGUGCUAGGGCAAGCGUAUUUGUACCUGGACGUUCUGUUCAAUCUGCUUUCGGUGGAGAACGAGGCGCUUCCAAUUUUCGACUUCAAGGGGCAGAGGCAGGGGACGCUGAAUCUGUCAAUCGAUCUCGAACUUCUCGUGGAUAUGGAAGAAGUAGCUCAGAAAGGCCCGCAUGUGAGCGAUUUGGACUACUACGACACGGUCGAGGACAUCAAGGGGAAGAUGUUGAAAGUGACUGUGAAGGUGGACUCUGCGCAAGACCUGCGAGAAAACUGCUGCCGAAGACCGGAAGUGAACUACAAGUGGAUAGACGGAGUCUCUGAGGUGCGGUUCGCGACGGACGACUUGUGCAACAGAAACCCGACUUUCAGCAGCGUGAAGGAGUUCGACGUGAUGAUCACCGACGAGGUCGUCAGCUGGUUCAGGGGCGUCCUCGUCUUCGAAGUGGCGGGCAUGAUGACCAACAAACAAAACAAGGAGCAAGCCUCCUCAUCCGCCACGGGCACCGCGGCAGCCAAGCUAAAGGAGAAAGAAGCGCUCCUGGCGCAAAUCGAGCAGCGACUCCAGGCACAGGGCAAAACGCUGGAAGAUUUCCUCAACGAAAACUAA